UCAGCUGAAGAUUGCUAUGGUGUAACUGAAGUUGUGUUUCUUCCCCUACCUCCCCACUCCCUUGCUUGUUCGGUUGAGAGCAGUAGUGUAGAUUUGAUAGAAAUUGUCAUUCUGCCUUUCCUUGGACUGUCUGAACCUGUAGAGGAUACCACAGCAAUGCUGGACUGCAGCGACUACGUUCUAGACUCGAGAAUGAACAAUCCGUCAGAAACCAGUAAACCAUCGAUGGAGAGUGGGGAUGGGAACACAGGCACGCAAACAAACGGCCUGGACUUUCAAAAGCAGCCUGUGCCUGUUGGAGGAGCAAUCUCUACAGCCCAGGCCCAGGCCUUCCUUGGGCACCUUCAUCAGGUCCAGCUUGCUGGAACAAGUUUACAGGCUGCUGCUCAGUCCUUAAAUGUACAGUCUAAAUCUAAUGAAGAAUCUGGGGACUCUCAGCAGCCAAGCCAGCCUUCCCAGCAGCCUUCAGUGCAGGCGGCCAUACCCCAGACCCAGCUCAUGCUGGCCGGAGGACAGAUCACCGGGCUCACGUUGACGCCAGCCCAGCAACAGUUAUUACUACAGCAGGCACAGGCACAGUUGCUGGCGGCUGCAGUGCAGCAUUCGGCCAGUCAGCAGCACAGCGCUGCAGGUGCCACCAUCUCGGCCUCUGCUGCAACGCCGAUGACGCAGAUCCCUCUAUCUCAGCCAAUACAGAUUGCACAGGAUUUGCAGCACUUGCAGCAGCUUCAGCAGCAGAAUCUCAACCUGCAACAGUUUGUGUUGGUGCAUCCAACAACCAACUUGCAGCCAGCACAGUUCAUCAUCUCACAAACACCGCAGGGGCAGCAAGGUCUCCUGCAAGCGCAGAAUCUCUUAACGCAACUACCUCAGCAAAGCCAAGCCAACCUCCUGCAGUCUCAGCCAAGCAUCACCCUUGCCUCGCAGCCAGCAACCCCAACACGCACAAUAGCAGCGACCCCCAUUCAGCCACUUCCACAGAGCCAGUCGACACCAAAGCGAAUCGACACUCCCAGCUUGGAGGAGCCCAGUGACCUUGAGGAGCUUGAGCAGUUUGCCAAGACUUUCAAACAAAGACGGAUCAAACUUGGAUUCACUCAGGGUGAUGUUGGGCUCGCUAUGGGCAAACUCUAUGGAAAUGACUUCAGCCAAACUACCAUCUCUCGCUUUGAAGCCUUGAACCUCAGCUUUAAGAACAUGUGCAAGUUAAAGCCACUUCUGGAAAAGUGGCUCAAUGAUGCAGAAAACCUCUCAUCUGAUUCAACUCUCUCCAGCCCAAGUGCCCUGAAUUCUCCAGGGCUGGGGAUUGAAGGCUUGAACCGCAGGAGGAAGAAACGCACCAGCAUAGAGACCAACAUACGUGUGGCCUUAGAGAAGAGUUUCCUGGAGAACCAAAAGCCUACCUCGGAGGAGAUCACCAUGAUAGCUGACCAGCUAAACAUGGAGAAGGAGGUGAUCCGCGUUUGGUUCUGUAACCGGCGCCAGAAGGAGAAAAGGAUCAACCCACCCAGCAGUGGUGGAACCAGCAGCUCGCCCAUCAAAGCAAUUUUCCCUUGCCCAACCUCACUGGUGGCAACCACACCAAGCCUUGUGACUAGCAGUGCAGCUACUACCCUGACUGUCAACCCUGUGCUCCCUCUGACCAGUGCUGCUGUAACUAGUCUGUCAGUCACAGGCACAACAGAAACCACCUCCAACAACACAGCAACAGUGAUUUCAACAGCACCUCCAGCUUCUUCAGCAGUGACAUCACCUUCCCUGAGUCCUUCCCCUUCUGCCUCAGCCUCCACUUCAGAGGCAUCCAGUGCCAGUGAGACCAGCACAACACAGACAACCUCCACUCCCUUGUCCUCCCCUCUUGGGACCAGCCAGGUGAUGGUAACGGCAUCAGGGUUGCAAACAGCGGCAGCAGCCGCAUUACAAGGAGCUGCACAGUUGCCUGCAAAUGCAAGUCUUGCUGCCAUGGCUGCUGCAGCAGGACUAAACCCAGGCUUGAUGGCAUCCUCGCAGUUUGCAGCUGGAGGUGCCUUACUUAGUCUCAAUCCAGGGACAUUAGGUGGUGCUCUCAGCCCGGCCCUGAUGAGCAACAGUACGCUGGCAACUAUUCAAGCUCUUGCAUCUGGUGGCUCUCUUCCAAUAACAUCACUGGAUGCAACUGGGAACUUGGUGUUUGCCAAUGCUGGAGGUACUCCUAACAUCGUAACUGCCCCUCUGUUCCUGAACCCUCAGAACCUUUCUCUGCUCACCAGCAACCCGGUUAGCUUGGUCUCUGCAGCUGCAGCCUCCGCAGGGGCCUCUGGACCAGUCGCCAGCCUUCACGCCACCUCCACCUCAGCCGAGUCCAUCCAGAACUCUCUCCUCACGGUGGCCUCUGCGAGCGGGGCCACGUCCACCACCACUACUGCCUCCAAGGCACAGUGAGCUGGGCUGAGCUGUGCUGCCAGCAGCCUGUUUCACUGUGCGGUGGGAUUGGCUGCCAGCGGGGUUUAUAAACUGAAAAAUGUGAUUGGCAUCCUCUCGCCGUGUUGCUGGGGACAAGGGAGAGAAGGAAAAAUAUAAAAAACAAAAGCAAAACAGGAAGGAUUUAAAGCUGGGACAGACAUUUGCCUAAUUUUAUAAUAAACACUGUCUUUUCAGGAUCGCUUCAUGGAUCGGAGAACUUUCUAACCAAAAAUGUAAAAAAAACAAAAAACAAAAAAACAAAAAAAAAACAAAAAAAGUGAAAGGACUACUUAUCAUUUCCAGCAGUCACAAUGACAAGUUAAGGUGGGUUAUCAACUCAAACAUAGGAAGGGGAUUUCUUGUUUCUUUUUGGUCUAAAUAUCUUUCUUUUUUAAUUAUCAUUUUAUAGGUCUGUUGUACAGGCCAUUAUGUCAUACAAGGUGUUUAUAAUCGUAUCAAUCGUGUUGGGGGUUCCUUUCUUAACUGGUACAAUUUAGGCAGGCCUGUAUUACUGGUGUAUCUCUAUUAUUAUUAUGAUUAUUAUUAUUAUUAUUAUUUUUAUAUAUAUAGUUUGGACGCAUUUGUCUUUUGCUCCUGGAUUAUUUUCAGCGAGCUCCCAUGCCAUGGGGGGAGGGUGGGAGGGUGGAGAGGAAGAAUGGAGCACAAAUAGACUUUCUGUCCUCAUCUUCUGGGAAUGUUCUGAGCAGUUUCCUCAUCCUUGAAUUUGUCCGAUGGUUACUUAGAGGGGUCAGAAGAAGGCAUUUUCAUCUCUUGCGCAGGAAGCUCAGCGUAGCAGUAGAGAUCAUUGCGUGCAAACUUCCAGGCUGACUUAAGCUUUUUAAGCAGAGAUAGGAAUUCGUUCUGAUCUGCAGUUCUCCUCCACUUGGUUACCUAGAUUAACUGGCCAAAUUCUGCUCUUGGCUUUGUUUGCAUGGUUCCUUUAUACUUCAGAGAGUGGGAUUUGGCCUCCUGAGUCUAGAUUGUGUGGCAUACUGAUGGCUCUUUUGUUCUGCUGAUUUGAUUUUGCGGUCGCAAACAUACACAAAUAUUUAGAAAAUGUUCGGUUACCCAAGCUGAUUGGCUGUAAGUAAAACAGCGUUUACAGUCCUAGAUUGCUGUCAGGUGAACUAGUGCAGGAUGUCAAAAGGUCGGACUGUCCCUAAUCACAGCAAUAUUCCUUUUCAGUUAUUUCUGAUGUUUCCAACAUUGUGUUUGGAAUAACUUCCUGCUAAAAAAGUGCUUCUGCCUGCAAAACACAGAAGCCCAAACUUUCGGAACAGAAGCUACCAUCUUUUAUGCUAACACAAUCUAGUUGACUCUGGGGCUUUGCACAUACCUUGGUGAUCUCGUGUAGUCUCUGAGCUGUGAUGUUGCUAGCUAUGUAAAAAUGACAAUAAGCGUCUCUGACCAGGCAGUCGGGGCUCGCCUGCCACUGUAACUAUCUUUUCAAGGUUGGUUCUGAUCCAUGUAGCAAAGAAUAUUUACGUGGAUGAGGAAGAAUAAUGGACUGUACAGAAGUUAGAUCUGUAUAUUCUUAAAUAUACAAUCUAGUAUCUGAACCAAAAAAAGAUUUUUUUAAAAAAGAGAAGACUGGAUCACUGCAAUGCAGUUCACCUUGAGCUUUCCAUUCCUGAUGGAUUUAAAGGUUUCUGCCAUGUGUAUAAAACUAAAUUACUUUUAGCUAGCAAGGGUAUUAGAAGAGUCCCUUCCCCACCUUUUUGUCACCAGAGUGUUCUGAAAUAAUGAGCUAAUGCAGCUAUGUUCAUUUUGUUGAUGAUUCAGGGGGAUCUUGGGGUUUCUCGCCCAAGAUCCAGAAGGCAGCAACUUUAAACUCUACAUAUGCUUUGGUUUGUGACCGGAGCAUGUGGGAUUUGUGUUUGCACUCAAGUGGCAGAAUCCCUUAUCUCUUUUUUCCCCCCUUACCCAUGUUUUUGCUCUGUUCAUCUCUAACUCUCCACCUUCCUGUUUUACUGAAUACUUAAUUAUCCCUAAAACUUCAAAACUAGUGAACUGCAAGCAGGGAAACUAACAAAUGUCCGUCCACCGUUUCUAAUGUGUUUUUGAUUUUUUUAUGUUUUAUUUUUUUAAAACUAAGCUUGAACCAAAGUCAAUUUCUAGCAAGCUGCUGUACUAAUGGACUAGUUUGUGUAAGUGCAGUUCAGAUGCAGAGAGGCGAUAGAUGCUACUGACAAUUUCUUUUUCAUUUGUCUUUUGUUUUUAUUAAUUUUAUAUAAAAGUUGCUGCUUGUUUUUAACCUUUUUUUUGGUUGGUAAUUUGUAUUAUCCUUGGGGCAGACUCUUAACUUGAUUUUAAUUUGUUUUCUUUUGUUUGAUGUGUAAAUAGAAUGGCAAUGUCAGGGGAUUAUUAAAUCCAACAGGUCCCACCCUCAUCCCACCAGUAUGGAUAAAUCUAGAUAUUUUUGAUGUGCCUGAUGUUUCUAUGACCUCAGGCUGCGCAGAAGAUCUUUAGGGCUAUGCAUAAUACUGCGUAUGUGUAAAUUACCGACAGUAACAGCUUCAGAGCAGUAAAACGUAUAGCUGGGUGAGCUUCAGGGAGGUAGGGAAGAAGUGGAAGAGGAGAUGCUGGUACCCACUAUGUUGAUCUGGAGGCCCUAGCAUGGACUACAGUUUCUACCAAAGGGAUGCAAGUCCCAUGGGACUUGUGUUCAGUGAAGUAAGAGGAUGGGGAAAACUGCAGCUAUAAUGUUCAUUUUUGAGUCUGAAAGUUCCUACUUACUUUCACACCUGUGCAAAAAUAUGAUUUAUCAGGAAGCUUUUUGUUAAAGGGGGAAUACUACUGGUCUUUUUUCCAGUGUAUCCUCUAAUCCCUAACAGAUUUGUGGUAGGGUGGGGGGGGGGGGGGGCGUGGCCCUUGCAUAUCUAGGAAACACAAAGAAAAAGGUGGGCCUUAAAUCAGCAUAAAAUCCUCUCUCCAGUGUUCGAAGAGACUGUGCCGUUAGCUGUCUGAAUGAGUUUUCAUGUCCCAUUCUUGCUGGUUUGUGGUUGGGAGAGGGUCUUGUUGAGUACAUAUCUGGAACACUAAUGCAGCUUGGAUGGUUUAUUUAUUAUAAAAAUCUGCUUUUUUUCCUGACUACCUUUGUAUUGGUCACAUGGCUUUGGUGUGAGCACCUUAUACCCCCUUUCCCUCCUUCUCUUUACCCUGACACCCUCUCUGGGGCCCAGAUUCCAGAGAAUUUCUUAGCACACCUUUCAGAGAGAAACUGGAAACUCAUAAUAGCCACAUAUCUGGAAAGGGCUUGAUUUUCCUUGGAAUACCCAAACAGCGCACAUCCCAUGGGUUCAGUCACCAGCACGCUUUGUUUCAGUGCCAGUGUGCUCUCCUUUGCUGUCCUAAAACAUCCCAGUGACUGACCGUAGCUCCUGGAGCCUGCUUUCAUCCACAUCAGUGUUUUGGCUCAUGGAUGCUGGCAGCUUCCAGAGUUUAGGUAGAGGACAAAAAUGAGGUGGGCAGCAGGCACACCUCUGCCUAGUUACAGUACGUACAUUAUUGCAGAGCAUGAAAGGAAUAUGCGAUCAAGUACUAGAAUUUAGCAGAAGCUUCUGUUUUAAAUCAUAAUCAUGCUGUCAGCAUAAAUUGAGGCGUCUGAAAAGAGACAACAGCAAAUACAGAGCUAGUAAAUACAGACCUUUGCCUGAGUUCUUGAGCAUUUAAGACUGGAGAGUUACUGUCCCAGGAGAGGUCGCAAACUUGCCAACAGACCCACGGCACUUGUUUCUUCCAAAGAGACUAAGUUACCCCUCUGAUUCCAGUUUCAGAGGGUUUAUAUGUUUGAACAAAGGUGAUUUUCUAUUACACACUAGAAGUCUUAAUUCCUUAAUAUUCCUUUUAGGGGAAGGUUUUCUCUGAGAAAAUUAAUUUCCAGACAGUCUCCUAGCUGUACACUGAGACUCCUAUAUUGAUAAUGCUUUGUCAGCCAGGACCAAAAGAAAUUUCCUAGCACAUUAGGAAAGGUAAUAGCAUUUCUCUUCAGAGCACCAAGUCUCCUUAUUUACAGAUGUGUGGGUUGCAUUUCAUCGCUGCAAACGUGCCAAAGGGUGUAUGCAGAAAAAGAGAAGGCAAGAAGCUCUCAUUGUUGCCAAGAACGAUUUUUAAAAAAAAAGAGAGAAAAAGAAUUUAUGAAGAUACAGAUACAGAUAUCCCCUAAAGGUCUAGAGAAACAAUUUAGGAAAUGCCUUCAGGAUGAGACAUUGUAGGCUGGUCAUGAAAAUUUUUGUCAUAUUACAAAAAUUUAUUCCUGUUUGGCUUUAGGAGAGCUGAACCCCUGAGAGUUCACUCAGUCUGUAGUCACAAGGAUUCAUGAACUGAUCAUAGAAGGUACGGACAGAUAUGACUGCUUACAAGAGUCACAUUUGUCUACGUAAAUCUCCUUUGGAGGAUUUCUUUUGUUUCUGAAUUAUUGUGCAUUAUGUGUCAGUAUAAGUACAUUUUAUCAUGUACCUAUGGGAUGCUGUGUAUGUGCAUACACUCAAAAAAAUUGUUGCCAGGAUAGCAUGAUUGUUUCGUGCUUUUGUGCAAGUACUUCAUUUUAAAGAGAUUUUUGUCUGGCUCAUAGGCUAGUGUCACUUCAGUUCACUUUUUUGUUUUUGUUUGGGUAACUUGUGAAGAUGCAUCAUUUCUGCACUGCUUCUUAAAGUCCUCUGCAUCAAUAAGCAAUUGUUGAAACCCAAGUUAAAUUAGAUUGAAAAAAUCCAAGAAGUCCAAAAGUACCUUGAAUGGAAAAUAUGAGCUCUGAUGAACCAUCAAGGAGAACAUGCUCAAAAGUUAGUGAUCUUCAUGUAGGAAUGUGCUGCUGCUGCUCAGUAGUUUUGUUUGAGUGCUAGUGAAAACUAAAAGGCCAGACCGUUAAGAGGAAGACGUUUAUUCUGAUUAUUUGAAUUCUAGACCUUUUAGAACAUCAGAAGCUGCAAGUCUGAAUUUUAUCAUGAAAUGAACAGGCUGACAAAGAGAUUUUCAAUGAAAACAAUAUAGAUUCUGAUGUAUUUGAAGUUGCAGCUUGUGAUUUGUUGCAGCUUUUAGGUUAAUAAGGGGGAUGCUGGCAUUGAGCAGAAGUAGCUCAGUGCAGAAGUGUCUGCUGAUCUUAUCACGCAAGGACAAAUGCUCUCUCAUAGUAGGGUAGCUUUUCACUUGGGCAAGAGCAAUCCAUUGCCUGUACUGUUACCCCUUUUCUUAUUUUAAUCUCAUAUACUUUACAGUGAUCAUUAAAUGAAGUCAAAAAAAUUGUAUUUCUGAUCCUUUGGCAUCUUUCCAACAUCUUUUAGGACAAUUUAUUCCGUUUUAUCUUAAAAAGUGUAGAAAUCAACAGUUUUGCUCAGGCAGGCAUUAAGAGAAUGGCUGUUAGCAAAACAUGCUUGCAAAACUUCUCCAUGCACAUCCAUGCCAACAGUUGAGUGAGUAGUAGAAAAUUUCUUUUCUUAUUUCUCUUGGAACCAUAACCUAAUGUUUUGGUUUGUUCUAAUGUUUAAGUGUUACCUCUUGUAGUAUAAUUUGGCUCAUCCCACCUUUCUCCAGCUGAGUUACUGAAGGAGGCAGCAGUGUUAAUUCCUUAACUCUGUGAUGCCCAUUUCUGUGGCGCAACAUUGAUUGAAACAGAAGUUCCCUCUUUCUUUGUUGCAAACAGAGCAGAACCGCUGUUACAGCUGGAACCGUACCAUAGACACACAAGUAAAAAAAAUCUGAUUUACCUGAAGAAUCAAUUGCUAUUUUCUUAGAUCAAAAUUUACUUUAUGAAAUUCUUGAGAGAGACAAGUAGCUUUUUGAGGUCACUAGGUUGUUUUGGGACAGGCAAAAUACUGUAUUUAGUCCAAACUUUCGAUGAUACUUGGUUUUAAAUCAGUAGUUUAAAAUGUAGGUCAAUUUAUUGUCAAGUUAGCUGUAUUAACUAGAGUCAGUAUUCCUGACUGUUCCUGUUCUCCCUCUCUCCAACAGUUAAAUGAUGUCUGUUCACAGGGCAUGGGCACAUCUGUCGGAUGUUCACAUGAAUAUUGAAUACAGUGGAAUGUUACCAGAGGAAUAACCGAACCUGCUGACCCCCACUGGAUUUAUGGUUGUCAGUCUUCAUGUAGCCUACUCGAAAUUUUUACAUUUUUGUAACAAUACCUCUUUUUACUUCUCCCUCCCUUUCCAAAAUGCUAGAGCAAUACAGCUUUCAAGAUGCGUAAUUGCAAAGGCUCUGCUCUCUUCAACUGUUAAAUCUAACUGCUGUUGCUGCCCAUAAUUCUUUCCCUUCUUUCCAGUGGGGACACUCCUGGAAUAGUUCAAAGAUUUUUGACAGAGGAGUCCUUCCUGUGAAGAGCACUGCAACCCAUACCUUUCUUUUAGGCUUAUGUAGUUCAUACAGAGAGAUUUCAUAGGGCUGUAGAAUUGUAGACACUGUAAAACAAUGCAGGUCUGUUAACUGACCCAUGGUUUUCAAUUUCCUAAAAUAUUCAUAUCUUUCACUCCAUGUUCAGAACAGGAUAUGGUUCCUUCUAUGUCACUGAAAGUAGUUUUAGCCCUUGAGAACAAGGAAAAGAGGAAAAUUCUGUACUUACAUAUCUUUACAAACAAACAGACUAAUGCAUGAAAAAGGACUUAGUCUUUUUUCGGUGUAUGUGUCAUCAUUCAAUCUGUCUCCCACUUCUCCUAGUACCCUCUUAGUGGGUAAGUGCUGUGAGCCUUCACCCCCAUGGGAUGCUGUUAGAAGGGUGUUAUGAAGAUUGCACUGGAACUACAAAUAAUUUUACGAUGGGAGACGGGAGAAGAUGCUUUUUAGUUGAGCAGACAAAUAAGGUCAGGAAGUAGAAUGUAUCAGGUACUUCUUUUCUGACCAAUUUCCUAUUAGCAAAGCAACUACCGGGCUUUACCUCGGGGCUGUUUUUAGUUGUGUCUGUGAUAUACUGCUAAUAACGUAGUCCUUAAUUAGAGUGAUCUGGGCCUCCCCUUCUCCUCCCCCCUCACUCCUUUUUCCUUCCCCCUGUCUGUCCUCAGUGAAAGGUAGCACCGUACAGCUCUGAGAACAAUACUCGUGGGUAGCAGCUGGCUUCUGGCACCUUCAUAAAAUACCUCAGCAUAGCUUAGCAUUGUCGCAGAACUGGUUUUAAACUGAAAAAAUCAGAAGAGAAAAGCAAACUUUAUAAAUAGUGGAGAUAAUUCUAGCUGUAGAGUUUAGUUGAACUGAUGUUUAUUAUGAUUGAUAAACAUGAUUAUGCUGUAUGUAUUUGAGAUCCUGUUUAUAGGUUACAACUUUAUAGGGUCGGGUGGGGGUGGGUGGAUGCUGAGGGGCAGAGAAAGGGGGUUGACUGUGUUAGAAGGAAAAUGUUUGCUCAUGAAUUUUUUUCCUUGUAUCUGUCUUGCCAAAGGAAACAUUUUGUCGCUCCUGGGUUUGGGAUUGUUGUUUGGUUGGUUUAUCUGUGGUCUAAUCUGCAGCACAGCACGUGGUGGCAUGCAGGUUACUGAUUGGGUUGCUGUUCAGGGUCCUUUUGAGUGUGCGCACACUUCCCUCCCUCCUGGCCUUUCCUUAUCCUUCACUGGGAUGUAAAGAUUAGGCAACGUGUAUAUGGGAGGCUUGGGGGAAAGAAGAUGGCUGUAUUGGGUUAGAAUCAACCUAGGUGUAAAUCCAUUUCAGUCAGUCGAGUUGCACCAGAGCCGAACUGGGUCCAUUGUGUUCAACUCUGGGGGAGGGAGAAGAAUGGUUGUCGCAUCUUAAUCUAUCUGGGAGAGCAAAAGUGAAACAGGUUCCUUUUAUCCCCCUUGUCUUGUUACUGAAUGUAGGGCUUGUAGUGCUUGAUAAUAGGUAGAAAACUUUUUAAACACUUCCUUUUCUAAUAGCAAUGCUAAUCCUGUCUAGACCAAAAACUAUGAAAGAAAAACCAAACAGAGAAGUGGAAGCUCACCUACUCCUAACACCUGGCUGGUAUGCCUGGAAGGGUUGAAAUACUGUGAGACAGUCAUGGGAGAGGGGAGCUUUGGGGGGUUGUUUGGAGAGGGAGUGGAUCGUUCUCCUGGCAAAUGUCUUGGUAUUGGAGCGGGAGUAGCAGAAAGAGCGAGUAUUACCUUGGGAGGGUUUUGCAGCCCCUUCAUCCAGACCCCAAGGCUCCCUUCUCAUUUCCCUUCAAGGCUCAUGGAAUGGGGGAAGAGCAAUGUGUGUGUGUGUGAGUGCGCGCGUGAGUGCACGCGCAGGUGUGCAUGUGUGUGGUGAUCUAGAGAGGUGGGUUUCUAAAGGAGCUCGACUCCACUGGGGAGGGAGAAUUCCCAGUGGCCUCGUAGGGAACCAAAGGCACUGAUAAGUUGUCAGCUCUGCUGUUUUCAGAGCGGGUAAGAGGAAAAGCUGGGUGGUUUUCUGAGCUUUGGGUCAGUGUCCCUUUCUGUAAGGACCUCAUCUCUUGCAGGUGCUCCCACCUUUUCUGCAUAGAGUGCUUUGGCUCUGUGAAGACAAACUGCGUGCGGGGCUUGCCCGGUGCUGCAGGUCUUGGGCUAAUGUUGGAAUGCAGUCAGGGAAAACUGUUUCUUUCCUUCGAAUGUGGAAGCAGUGUAGUCCAAGGUCAGAGUCCGUUCAACAGCUUUGCGUAUGGUCUUUCUCUUAAAAGGUGGGGGGACCUUGAAGACUCCUUUCUUUACUCCCCAAAGUAGCCUUGUACAUUUUCAUGUAUUGUGCUAUUGGGCUGAGUUGUUGUAUCAGUGAACUUGGUGAGCUCUUGUGAAGAAAGGGAGGAAGGAAGGGGGAUAGACGGAUCGUCCAGCUUCUCUUCCUCCAGACGCCAAUCGGGUUGCAGAACUUCACUGAAAGCUUUACUAAUAGAAUUGUUGUUCUGACAUUAUGUAAAAGUGGUAUUAAUAUUGUGUGACUUUUCAAAGAGCUAGUUAGAUUUAUAGGUAGGUAAUAGGGAUAUUGAAGAAAUGACUUCUCAAAGAAAAGAGCACUUGGAACAAAAGAAGUGGAAAACAAGGUGUGCUUUAAGGAAAACAAAUCUGAGGAAGGAAAUGAAACAGCUUGUGGGAGGCGAGGGAAGACGAUACCCUUUGGCGUUCCUGGCUGCUGAGGCUCAGCCCCAGAACUGGAACACACCCCCUCUGCCUUAUUUCAUCUCUCUACCAAACAGGACAUUGUCAAGUAGCUCAGACCAAAAUGUUGAUCUGUCUUAAAACUGUUUCAGUCUGCUGGUGAAUGUUUUCCUGCAGAGCUUUGCAUACAACCAUGAAAUAUUUAAUUUACCAAGUUAGCUUCCCCUUUCCUCCCAAAACUGACUGUUGUGGGCCAACUUCAGGAUUCAUACUACCUUUGCUGAAUUUUGUAGCAGCAGCUACUUAAGCCCUGUUCUCUGAAUAUGAUAGCGUUGUGUGCGGAUGAAGCUGGCAUGCUACGGUGCUAUAGAAAUGUGAAAUUACCUAACAGAAGGGAUCCUAAGGCACUGGAAACCGCAUGCCAGUGGUUCAGUCAUGGAGAUCAAGCCACCCCCUUGCAAAAUAAUUCGAGAAUGAGAGCACCCGUGACGGUGUCCAGAGAACAAGGCAGUUAGGACAGAAACUUUAGUUCUUUCCCCAUUCGCUCUCCAUGUGUUGGCCUCUGAUCCCGGUGCUCCCUGCACUCGAGUGAGUCAGAGGGCAAAACGCAAUGCUGGAGAGCCGGAGAUCAGCCCUGCUCCCUGUGAAUUCAUGGGGAACUGGGCUGGGCCUGCCUUUGGAGCGGGGAGAGGAAGGGAUCACUGCAGAGCUGUGAGGAGGUGGUUGGAAGAGGCCCGGAGCAGCGCCGGUGCCCGCGGGUGCCUCGCUUGGCCGCGGUCCGUAGGAAGGAUCCACGCAGCAGCGUCCUCGUCCCCGCCAGUGCUGUUGUUCCAUUUCCUUCCUCUGUGGUAGUGUCUAAGGCUAGGUGUGAGUAGGUGUGGGGUGUUUAUCCACCACAGGUACAGGAGCUGUCGUAUACCUCAUUUCUAACUCGUAACUGAGUAACUUGCUUUAACUUUCUCCAAACCCUACAGAGUUGCCAAGUCUGCCCUCUCUCCUUUGAUUACCAUUGAACUCUGGCCUAUAGCACCCCGUGACCUGCAACCUGGGGAGUGACCCCCUAACGCCUCUGAAUGUCGCUGCUUAAAAGCUACUGCAAAGUGAGGGCAAAUUGCAAUCUUAUCUUAUUUCGUUUGGUUACCAGGGGUCCUCUUGAGUAGUCUGUGAAUAUCUGCCCCUUCCCCUCCGCUCCGUGUAAAAGGGCCACACUGCCUUUCCCACCCUGUGGGAGCUGCCCUGGGGCUAUGCCGAACUCCAGGGCCUGGAGGCUCUCUCAGCCCAGUGCUGCAUACACGCUACUCGCUUUUAUUAACAUGACCAAAAAAAAAAGGAAAAACCUCCGAAUAUUUAAUUUUCUUCUUUAUUAUUUGACAAUCCUGUAUCCCUUCCCCACUCCCCAGCCUGGCCAGAAGCUGUGCCCUUAACCCGUUCCAUCUUUACGUUGAAUGUAGUUCCCCUACCCCCUGGGAAAGAGAAGCUUUGUCGGGUCACGGUGGCUGCUAUAAGUCGGGAGGGGGCGGUUUCUUUGUUUUGUUUUGUUCUUUUAAAAUUUCCAGCCAAAACCAAAGAUUUCCUAAUGAUUGUAUAAACUCAAAACAAACAAACAAACCAAAGACAAAGGGCGUCUUCAGCACCAAGCCCACCUGUGAGGCCGGUCCGGUUGGGGUGAGGGUCUGGGGGGCGGCCGGCCCCAGCGAGGGGGCACUUCCCCGGCCAGGCCUCGGGGAGCAUCUGGGCGAGCAGCUCGCCAGCAGCACCGUGGGGCAAAGGCUGGGGUACGGGCGCUGGGAGGGGGCGGUGGGGCGGCCGGGGGCUUCGCAGGCGGGUUGAGGAGCUGAAGACAUGGGUGCAGGAUUGGCUGCUCUGCUGGGUGCUUUAACCCUCUGGGGGCUGGGUGAUGUUGAUUAAUACACGCUGAGGUGCACUUCUGAGCUUCCCCCCUCCCCCUGUCACUGCUUGGAAGAGGCUGUCCUGUUGUGAGAAAUCCCUGAAAGACGAAGAAGCUUUUCAUUUCUCCUCUAAUUCCUUUUUUUCUAUAUUUCAUUUCUUUUUGCAGCACCACUGUGCAACUAUGCAUUGUAUUUCUCAACCUUUUAUGCUAGGUAGAUGCCUGUGACUUUUUAACUUUUGGGGGGGGGAUUGCAAAUGGAGGAACUUUUUACAUGGAUCUUUUUAAUCUCAGUUGAUUGGGGGGUGUUUGGUUCUAGGGUCAUACAAGCUCUAUCCCAAAGCAAAAUCCAAAUGUUAAUAUUAUUAGCCUGAUGCAGAUACCAAAGAUAAUUUCUUUCCUGCAGAACCUUAGACUUGUGUAUUAAGUACGAUUACCCAGCACUUGCAUUAGUCUAACCUCAGUAAUUCCAAAGCUUAGAUGUAUAUUUUGGUAUAUUUCUGGGAUAUUAAAAAAUUGUCGUUUAAAUUCUUGUUUGUUUCAGUGUAAUGCUCUUAAAGUCAUAGCAUGGAGAUAACUGAACUUGUCCUAUUCUUAGUAGUUUGAAAUAAUAGUAUUUUUGUAUGUUUUGGGUGUGUCUAUGUAUGUAUUAACAUAACAGUUUUCACUGCCUAGGUGUUCAUAAAUAAAAAAAACUAAGGGUUUUUAAAGUGUACAUAAUAUUCCAUGAAGAAUUUCCACCAGACUGCCAAUUCGGAUUGCAUUUUCACUGAUGGCCGCUCCCAACUGGGAUUCUUUCUUUCUUUUUAAAGAGACAGCAUAUUCUUUUCUUUUUUUUUCCCAUUGACCUGAGGCUCUUUCUCAGAGUACAGGGUUCUUCACUGUUUUUAAGGGAUGGGCCAGAGGAAAAAUAGCUUAAAUUUCAUUUUUUAAAAAAAAUUAACACAUUAGUUUGAAAACUACCCCUUUCUGUGAAGAAUUGGGACUUGAAAAGCAAGCCCUUUCUUCUAAAUGUGGCAAUAGUUUUCAAAGAGAUGAUGAUCUGUGAACGAGUACAGUGUCUGGGCAGUCUGUUUUUCCUUCUUUUCUAAAAGAGACAAAUUUUCAGUCUAAUUGUUUAACUGCUCUCUGCAACUGCCUAGUUACACUGGCUUGGAAUUUUGUUUUUCUCUCGCCCUUCCUCGUAUACUGCAUUCGUACACUUCAGGUCAGCAGAACACUUGAAAUCAAGGGCCGUAUGGGAGUAGCUGUACCUAAACAAAACACAAGCUUUUCCUGAGACUGAAAUGUGAAUGUCCCACACAUUUCAAAGCCUCACUGUUCACACUGGGGGUGAGGAGGAAGGCAAAAUGCUGUCUCUUUAAAGAUAUCCUUUAUUAUUAUUAUUUUCCCAGUGGUUGCCUACAGAUAGCUGUAGGCAUUGAGAGAUUGUGUAGAUUACAGUAAAUCAGGAUGAAAAGGUAGAUUUUGUGUAGAUGCAUUUGUCUGCUGUAAUUUUUUAUAUAUAUUAAACUUACUGUAAUUGUACAGUUCAUUUCUGUUGUAAACAUCAUUAAACCAUUUUCCAAGUGUUUUAACAUGUA